AUUGCAUUGAUUGGACGAUGUGCAGGGUUCUGAACAUCUUAUUGGCUCUUUUAAGUCGCUUCCUGUUUGCGGUGCAUGGCGUGCUGACAGUGUGGCGAGUGGUAGAGGUGACAGGGGAGUCCUCCUAUUGGCUGCUGCUGAUGGGCGUGGCACUGCUGGGCAUCGAGAUGGCAGUCACAAUAAAAUACACACGCAACGCUGAAUGGAAAUGGUUCUCUCCUAUGGUCUUUCUUUAUCUGAGCACUGUGAUUCCCUCUAUCUGGUUCCUGGAGCUGAACCUUGUGCAGUCGAACCUGCCCAUCAAUUCCAGCAGCUCUGAUCCACAAUUCUUCUCCCAGAUUCCUCUGACUAUGGGGUUGGAGGAACUUGAUCCUGAGAACUGGGUGGAGGCCUUGGAGCAGACCAUGUUGAUUGUUUUGGUCCUGGGCCGCUGGCUGAUGCCGAAGGGCGACAUGUCACGAGACCAGCUUUCCCAACUCCUCAUGGUUUACGUGGGGCUCGGGGCUGACAUCUUGGACAUCUUUGACACCUUUAAGGAGCCACAAGUGAAAACCAAGCAGACAGUGAUCAUCGUUGGGCUAAGUUUGUUCUCCUGGGCCUUGAUGCAAUUCCCACUCGUUCUAACCCAGACCAGUUGCCCCAGUGUCCAGGAGGAAUCCCAGUCAGAGAUCACCCAGCCUGGGUUAACUGCCUGUAACAACAUCUGCUGCUCCAGUGAAGUCUGGAGCAUCUUGCUAACGGUCGGUCUGCAGGAUGGACCAUUCCUCAUUUACCGCCUGUACCUCAUGAUAUUUGAAAGUGUUCUGAACCAGCUCAUGAUCUUCUUCACGUGCAAGAACAUCAUCAUUGUCCUUUUAGAGGUCUACAGGAUCUGUGUGGUCCACUUUGAACAGAGCAGGCCUGACGGUGGAAAACAGUCACAUGAACAAUCUCAUAACCAGUCAGAAGAGAUUAAUGGACAGGCUGUAGAAGCCAGCUUUCAGGAAUAAAUAACAAUCAUAUCUAUCUAUCUAUCUAUCUAUCUAUCUAUCUAUCUAUCUAUCUAUCUAUCUAUCUAUCUAUCUAUCUAUCUAUCUAUCUAUCUAUCUAUCUAUCUAUCUAUCUAUCUGAAAACAUUUACAGAAAAACUUUACAGGUUGAAGUAGCUCUACUGACCAGCAGAUGGCAACAAACUCUUGGUUAGAACCAACUCUAUCAUGAAAAUAAGAAAUUGCCAUGACUGUUAUCAUGAAGCCUCUUGACCUGUACAUUGACAUGCUCUCUUUGCACCCAUCAACUUGUAACAUCUAACAAAAGAUCAAAGGAGAACACAUUUGCUUUGUUUUUACAGCUUUCUGAUAUUUGUAAAUGUUUUUUCCAUGGCUGUUUCAUUACUCAUAGUUCAAACCUUUCUUCUGCGCUGAGCUCUUGCGUCUCUUUGACUGUGAAAUGUUUGGUUGAAGUACUUUCACGUAACCCGAAAUAGCACGCUGACAAAUACGGUGCGAUGUGAAUACGCAGUUAUAAGAUUACAUGCAGAAUACAAUGUUACCAUUUGUGAUUUAUUCUAAAACAGCAAUUAGGAUAUCACUGAGAAUAAAAACACAUAUCA